GCCUUUCUCGUGUUGCUUUCGAUGAAAGGAAGAAGCUCGGUCGUCGUCGGAAUCGGAUGGUGGAGAAGAGAUGAAGUUCUGCAAGCGAUACGAGGAGUACAUGCGGGGGAGGGAGGAGGGGCUGCCCUCCGUCGGACUCAAGAAGUUGAAGAAGAUCCUCAAGAGAUGCAGCAUAGAAUUCCACUCCCGGCAAGACGGCCAAGGAGGCGCCGCAUGCCCUAAUAAUUGUGCAGUUUGUGAUGGCUCCUUCUUCUCCUCCCUAUUGAAUGAGAUGUCGGCUGUUGUCGGUUGUUUCAAUCAACGAGCACAAAAGUUGCUUGAAUUGCGUUUGGCAUCAGGCUUCAAGAAGUAUAUAUUGUGGUUUAGAGGUAAGUCUCUUCUGAGCCAUGGAGAAAUGAUGCAAGAAGGGAAGGACCUAGUUGCUUAUGGUAUCAUAAACUCCAUUGCCAUGAGGAAGAUAUUAAAAAAGUAUGACAAGAUUCAUUUCUCGAGGCAAGGACAGGCAUUCAGAUCUAAAGCUACAAGUAUGCAUAUUGAAAUUCUUCAAUCGCCAUGGCUCUGUGAUCUGAUGGCCUUUUACAUUAACUUGAGGCGAAGUUCAGAUGAGAACAAGUCUACGGUUGAAUUAUUUGAUGACUGCUUUCUUACUUUUGAUGAUGAGGGUAAACCGACACUGUCUUGUGGUCUCUUCGACUCUUUGAAGAUUGAAAUUGAUUUGACAUGCUCAAUUUGUUUGGAGACUGUCUUUGACCCAGUUUCUCUCACAUGUGGUCAUCUUCUAUGUUACAUGUGUUGUUGUUCUGCUGCAUCGGUGACAAUAGUUGAUGGCUUAAAGGCUGCAAGCCAUAAAGCAAAAUGUCCUCUUUGUAGACAGGAAGGAGUAUAUGAAGAUGCAAUGCACUUAAAUGAGUUGAAUAUCUUGUUGAGCCACAGUUGCCGUGACUACUGGCAAAAGCGGCUUGUGAGUGAAAGAGUUGAGCGAGUUCGUCUGACGAAGAAACACUGGGAAUCAGUGAGACAGGAUUUCCUUGGUUUCCGAUGAUCAAAGCAUUGUUUGUCAGUCAGUAAUCAAAUUGCUUUGGUGGAAUUACUCUUGUACAAACCCUUCUUACCUUCUUGUUUACAGUUGUAAGUUUUCGGAACCAGAUGAUUCGCGUGAAGUCUGUAAAUGAUGCUGUUGUGAAAUUUUCCAAAAGUGUGAGCUUGAUAGCUAAACUUUAGGAUGCUGUACUGCUGAAAGGUAUUCUCGUGAUUGCCUUGCUAGUAAUGUUUUUUUAUGUAUUA